AUGACCACUCACAGCUCACCCACCAUUUUUGAGUGUAAGUCGUUUUUUGGGCCAUAAGUAAUAUUUUCGGUCAUUGCGUUUCGUUAAAAAUACACAGAGCUCCUUGAGCGGUCAAAUUUGUUUAUAAAUAAAAGUCUUUAGUCAUGGUACUAAGAUUUCCUCAAUAUUUUUCAUAAUCUUCAUAACUAGCUACAUAAAAUUUUCUGAAGAUUUCUACAAGUUCUUUGCAGUGGCUUCCGAGAUAUUAAGCCAUCUUUGUAGCCAAAAGAGUAUGCAAAAUAAAGAGAACGGUUAGAAAGAAAAAUACAAAAAAAUAGUUUUUAAUGUCAUCAUCGCAAUUUCAUUUAUUUUCAGCCUUCAGUCCAACCAGUGUUCGUAGCGCUCCCCUACAUCAUAAACUAUGUACAGCCCGAACUUAUUCUCAACACACCCCGCCAAUCCAGUCCCCCUUGUGCAAGCAUUCUCAUGAUUCAAAUGGACCAUGCGGAUCCCCAAAAUUAGUCGAAAGAUGUGUAGUGGUGGCCAAGCAUCCCGAUGGAUAUGGCCUAACAGUUACUGGAGAGCAUCCGGUGUACGUUGAGACCGUAAAACAUGAUGGAGCGGCGGCCAGGGCGGGAGUUCGAGUGGGAGAUCAAAUCACAAAAAUCAAUGGAAUGCCAGUCUCAAGUUCGAAUCAUUACGAAGUGCUGAGGAUGAUCUCUGGUGAGUUGGAGGCUUGCUAAAUUGGUAAUUAAAUUUCCCAAUGUGUAACUCUCAUAUAUUCAUCAGAUUUUUCUUAAAUUUUCUGCUUUUGCCAUAUGAAAAUUACAAAAAAAAAUCAAUUUCUCUCCUUAUUGAGUGAGACGGGAUACUUAUCGGCCUUUGCAGACUAACUAUAGAAAAUGAGGAGAGUCAGUCAGAAGAAAAAAAAAGUUUUAUUGUUGGGCCAUAUUUGUUCGACUUUCGUUCGGAAAACUCAUGUUCACUUUUGAGAUUUCCGAUAUUGUAGCAGUUUGUCAGGAAAGUGACAAACAAAUGCCACUCCGGCAAACGGGAACAUUCGCUGCGAUUUUGGGAUUCCGUAUUUUACCCUGCUUCCUCGAAUUUUAAACAUCACCAAGUUUUACUUAAUCUUUUGUUUGCAAAAUUAUUUUUUUAAUAUCUCGGCUGAUCCUGGUAAUCGCGGGCUAAAAUUGCUUUGAAAUAGAAUAUGAUCCACAUAGAUCAUUCAAGCAAAGUUUAAAGGAAAUCUCAGCGUCGCUCCUCUUCUUUGUUGAUCAAAAUUUGCUGUGAAAAAAAUGGAAAACGUUUUAUUACACAUAGACAGGUCUUUUUUUAAGUAACAUUAUAAUGCAAUAUUCUCCAAAAUACAGUGUAAAAUCAGUCCACUGUAUCUAUCCGUACAAAGAAACCUGUCUAUAAAAACAAUUGCAGCGCUCCCAAUAGUCAAGAAUCCACAAAAAUUAACCUCUGAAUCACGAACCCUUUAUAACGAUUACAUAAAAAUUUUUUGUCCUCACAAUUCGUUAUGCAGAGGCUUGACUUGUAAUUUCAUUUUUUAUUUCCAAUUUCCCCCCUUGCUCUUGCAUUUCCCCCUCCAAUUCUGCAUUACAAUCAAUUCUUCAUUCGCUAAUUGUUUUAGCCGGUCCCAAUGUCGCUCUGACGCUGCUGGGUGAAUCUCUGUCAUGUGAUUCAUGUCGUCCAAUGUUUUUCGAAUUCUUCGAAGUAAGUGCUUACUAUCUUUGAUUGUAAAUAAUUGAACAGCCUUUUGUAGGGUUAAUUUAACAGAUGUUUUGGAAUUUACUUCCAAACUUCACGUUGUAACAGAGUUUUUAACAUUUUUUUUGGUGCAUUUAUAGGAACGGCUAAGUUAAUUAGUUAGAAAAUAAAAAAAGAGUGUAAUGGCAAUGUAAUAUUAGGAGAAAAAUCAAUGCUUUUUACAACUUUUAGUGUCUGAAAAAUGAGAUAAAUCAAGAGUAAAAAAAGUAAAAAAUAGAGCCAUAAAAAUGACGUUUCAUAAACAAAAAAUUGAUGAUGACUUUAUAGAAGACGUCUACAUAGAACCUGCAAAAGUUUGAGAACAUAAUUCUUUUGUUAAAAUUUCAAAAUUUGAUGACUAAAGUCAUAACCAAAUUUUUCAUUUUUGAGAGGAAAAUGUAAGUAAAAAAGGUCAUUUCUUUGUAGCCCCAAAGGCUUUUUAUGAUUUCCAAGGAGGAUUCACAAAAAAAAUAUUCGAAAUGAAUCAUUGUUCAGGGAAAAUAUUGAAAAUUGAUCAAGCUUUGACAUUUUUUUUAUCACAAACAAGCUUUUUUCUUUUUAAUUUAUAGAAAAAAUAUUGAUUUUUUAUUUGAAUUGCCAUAAAUUUGCUAGAUUUUUAUUACGAGGAGAAAUAGACUCUUUCAAGGUCUCUAAAACUACGCAGUAAACUCAAAGAGCUUCAUUUAUUAGGCCUAGGUACUAGAACUUCUAAAAAACCAGCCUCUUGGUACUAUUGCACUCAAAAACCCAGCCUCUUUCGCAACACCCCUCCAGCCCCCCACCCCCAACUUAAUCUCUGAUUUUAGGAGCCGCGCCGCCGCCGAACCGGGACCAGCGAAGGCUCGACCUCAUCAUCACGGAAUCCGGAAGUAAGUGGUCUCUCUCUCCCUCUCUGUGGGCUUAAUCCGGCCGCCAAAACUUGUGUCAAAACAGAUUUCGCCGGCCCCCCGCCGGGGGGGACAGUAUCUGUUUUCGGGGCCGGACAUGCCCUCCACCCGCGCGCGCUCUCCUCUGAUUCCGAAACCGAAAGCGUUUAAAGACAUCAGCAAAAAACGAAUGAGAAGAAAGACAUCCCCUCCGGCAAAACUAAAGCUCAGCGCAUUCUUUGACUCUCGGAUUUCUUGUCCCGACGUCUUCCGGACGCCCCGACAUUCACACAAAUCUCGGGUGUAGAAUCCGCGGCGCGAUGUUCAUGGGAGAUCUUAUGUUAUCUUGGAAAUGAUACGGCGUUUUUCAGAUGUUUUCUGGAGCUCGAAAAAUUUUCAAGAUAGAAAAAUUUUUUGGCAAAAUUGAGAAAUGAUGCUAUAAUUCAAAAAGUGAAAUUUGCGACACUCAGAUUUUGUGCUAUUUUUUGUUGCUCGCGUUUUGCAGAGACCCCAAAGAUUUUUUACAAGUUUUUUUCGCCAAGGGAGUACGUGAGAUGCAGGGAGUGAUCAGUAAAAAUUUUUUUUUGCCGUACUUUUUUCAGCUUUGUCAUAAAGAAGGCCAAAGGUUUCUGCUUCAAAAACUGCAAAAAAUGUGCAGCAUUUUACUUCAACUUUUGGCCUAAAAAUUUCUGCUGUUUCUGCAAAGUGCGAGGAAAUCUGUCAUUAUGUCUUGUUAUAUCAGUCUGUCGGGAAAAUAAUGAGCGCAAUGUCGCUGCGCCAAUAGGGUCUCUGAAGUGACAAAAAAUCGAUUUUAUCUCUUCAUUUUCUGGACAAUUUUCGAUGCGACAGAGUGUUCAUUAUUUUCCCGACAGGCUGAUAUGUGAAAACAAAUCUUGUCUUAAUUUACCUCAAGUUUUUUUUCAAAAUCUGACCGCAUUCUUUGCCUCCGAUUUUGAUUUCCUUUCAAACUUUUGGCCACUCCUAACAAUAAGUUCGGCAAAGCGUAUAAACCUAAAGAAAAUUUCGGAGCAAAAAUUUUUUUAUUAUUAUUUACCACCGCUUCUCCACAAAAAUUUCUUUAUCCGAUUCUUCAGAGCGCGGACAACUCGCGUCAGUCCAGCUUCAACACCGUGGACAAGUCGUUGCAGCGGGUGCGGGGCCUGGAGAACCACUCGCGCAACAGCUACCAAUCGACCAGUUCCGACGAUCAGUUGGUAUGUGUGCACUAAUCGCAUUACAACGGGCCGCUCGUCCGAUAUUAAUCAUGCCUGAGGGGAGGGAAAACAAAUUAUUAUUCCACAGAUUUUUUUUCGAAAACAAAUUAGAUUCUGAACGGGGUUUGGAGCAUCUUUGGCCAGGACUUUGUAAAUAACUAUUUAAACAGUGAUCUUACUGUUUUAGACCUUAAAAAGUAAUUUUUAGCAAAAAUUUUCACUUUUUCUGAAAUUCGAAAUUUUGCUAUUUUUACUCCAAAACCCUAUUUAUCUUCUCUAACACUCCCUAAAAUGCUCCUAAACGACAUAAUGGUCCUGUUGAAGGAGCCAACCGACAUCGUGGAGCCGGUCAGGGCGUGGGUCAACUCCGGCGGCAAACACUAUGCCCAGGGCUCGCUUAAAGACCUCACCGAGACGUUGGGCCGCGAAGACGAGCUGGAACAUGAUCGUGAUGUGACGGCGGAGGAGGCCGCUCCCGUAACGCUCAAUUCCAUGGGGAAUCCGGCCGACUUGCGGCGAAAUCCCGACGAAUUGGCGGGAUUUUUGAACUACACCGUUCAUCAUGGGGAUCCCUCAAGCACGGUAAGCAUUUUUAGGAGAUUUUAUAGGCGUUUAAAAUCAUUUUGAUUCAAAUUUUUCUUGAAUAUUCAAAUUUUUGGAAAAUUUUCAAAUUUGAAUAAAUUUUUGCAUUAUUUAAAAUUCAAAUUUUCUAUAGCAUUUUUAAGAUUUUUUGACCUCAUUUUAUCCAAAAAUUUGAGAUUUAGCCCCGAGAACCUUUCAAAUUUUUCCCUAUCAAUAAAUUUCGACCUCAAACCACAUGUUUUUCCUAAUUUUCCCAAAAAAAAUUCCACUAACUAUCUCUUCAAAUUGCAGCUCUUCUACCUCAUUACGGCCGCAUUCCAAUCGUGCACGGCUCCAUUAAAAGAAUUACGGCGAUUUGCCUAUGAGAUUUUCUCGACCUUCCUCAUCCCGGGUGCUCCUCUAAUUGUGCCCGGCAUCACGCAAGUCCAAAUCCAGUCCAUUGACCGGAUUCUGGGCUCCUUCAACAGCAACCAAAGCAAUGAUGCGGACCAGCUGAAGAAGGUGUUCAUUUCGUGUCGCAGCAAAGCGCUGAGCUCGAUGGAGGACAAUUUCGGGGAGUACAAAAGAUCGUUGAGUAAGUUGGAAAUCUUUGAAACAAAAACUGGGAGAAGAAUAGAGUAUAGAAAAUCAGGAGAGCACAGACAGUCAGACGGAAAAAGUUUUUUUUUUAUGUGUUUGCUUUGGCUAAAGAACAACUCAGAGUUUAUGGAUGACGGAGUUUAUUGACAACAGACCAGUACCCUGAGGGGAAAUUUAGAUUUCUCACUUAAAAAGAUCUGAAAAAUUUUGACUGACAAAUCUCGGCGGGUCCGGUAAAAUGCGAACUGAGAGUCCAUGAUGACUUGGAGAAACUCAAGCCUCUUGUUUUCCUAGUUAGUCUCCAAGUUUGAGUGUGAAUCUCUACCACUCUAAAAGCACGCUAAGGCCCUAAAAAUCAUCAUUGAAGCCCGUUAUGGCUGAAGAGAGUAGGUGAAAAAAUCGACAAAACCUUUAGUUUCGGGAGGAGCCGAAAUCAGAGAAGUCGCUUACGACCCAUUCAGUGAUAGGUUAGCGAUUUUAGCAAUGCGUUUAGAAAGGUCUGGUGGGAAGAAAUGGGCAGGAAAAGGACAUGGAGUUAGAAAAUGUGGUAAGAAUUGAACGUGGCCAAAAGAAAUUUCUCAGUCCCUUCAUUUGGUCCCACCUUUUUGAUUGUAGGCUCUCAGUCCCUUACUUUUCAAAACUUUGAUUUUUAGUGAUCGCCCAAAAGCCGGAUUCCCGUUCCGAGAGCAAAUCCAAAUACGCCGAACAACUUCUCAUGAGCAUUCUGGAAGAGCUCCUGCAACUCUGCGGCAACGAUCUCGAGAAGGCCGACUCUCGCGGCCUUGCAUUGCUAAUCUCCAUCGCCAGUGUAAUCAAAGUGGUUCUCAACAUCAAGCCGAGUCAGCUGAAUUGGGAGAAGCUGAUCGAAAAGUGCCCGACUUUUAUCACUUCCACUGCCAAAUCGGGAGUUUUCCGGAUGAAGCCGAUGAUGCCGAAGAGAGCGGUGCAGAUAAUGGACCAUCAAUUUAAUCUGCAGUCAGUCUACUUGACGGUUCAUUGUUAUCAAUGUCGGGAUGCGGUGUGGGGAGUGAAUCCGCAGGCCUAUUUUUGUCAGAGUAAGUCAAUUUGGCGAAAUUUUGAGCUUGGAGACCGUUUAAAAAUUUCUAAAAAAUACGUCAUCAUGACGCUUUGUGGUCUCAAAAAAUACCGUAAAAAAUUCUCAAGUUAUAUUUUUGACCUUUCAGAAGUUUUUUGGUCCUAUGAAUGACAUAUUUUACACCUUUUGAUUUCAAAAUUCCAAAAAAUUGGUCAUCAAGACAACUUUCAUAAUUCGAUAUUUAAAAUUUUUCAUGCUAAUGUUGAGACCUGAGUAUUUCAAGGAUACUGUAGAAAAUAAUGCCCUAAGGUCAUGGUACCAGUAUGAUGUAUUUUUUACCACUUUUAGCGAGAGCUCCGUGAUUUUCGCCAAGAUUUUCUCUUUUCGAUAUUUUUCGAUGUUCCCUUUCAUCCUAAGUUACUAUGUAAAUUCGGGUUGUUGACAAGUCUCCAGCACUGCAUGACAGUCCUCCCGAAUCUGUCACAAGGUCUCCGCGCGCCCCGCGGCCCGCUCACGUCUAGACCGGGGGCCAAUUCCGAAAAAAGUCGGCGCGAAAGUCCUGCGGGCGUCGUACAGAAACGCGGGCGCAACUCUGCGGAUCCGCAUCCCCUGAGGCCGACGGCGAUCUCACGAGGGCCGGGGCGGAGUUAGGCCCCCGAAAACCCAUCAAGUACAACUCGUCCAUCACACACGAACUCCACCAUGGGACCCUUCCUUCCCGUGUUUGGUGGUUGGCGUGCCGGGGAUUCUGGAGACUUGAAGUGUCUUCGGAAGAUGCGUCCGGCCCCCCGAUCCGACCCGACGUUUCGGCCGCAGAGGGCUCGGGGCGCGGAUAUCCGUUAAAACGCUCGCUUUCCUGAGGUUGUUGUUGUUCAGGGAGUUCAAAAUAAUGUCUGGUACUGUUCGGAAUAGUGAUUUGGGGCAGCUUUUCGGCAAGAACUGUGAAAUUUGGUUACUGCUCCUGCCAGCACCGUUGAUUUUAGAUUCGCCAGACCACUAUUUCAAUCUUCAAAUUGUACAAAAUUUCGUUGCGAGACCUAAUGAUCUUUUGUGUUUACUAAAUUCGGCAAAUUAUUCUCAAGAGCUGAGUUGUCUGAUGGAUAAAUGACUGUCAAAAUGCCAUUUAUCCAUCAGAUUAAAAAAAAUACCGUAUUUUAAAAGUCAUGUUGGCCGAUUUUUAGACGUUUUUUAUCAGUGAAAGCUCACUUUUCAUGAAAACCAUGACUUCAUAGAGAUCUCAGUGCUUUUUAUUGUUUAAAAAACCAUUAAAAAUAUACUGUUUUGACUCGAAAAUUUAUUCCUUAUUUUUUAUAUUUUUUCUUGCAAUAUACGCAUAUUUUCCAGACUGCGACGUGAUAGUCCACAAGCAGUGCACCAACUCCUUGGCCGACCGUUGCUACCCGGCCACCCAAAAAUCCCGCUCUCACACAGCUCAAACUGCCAAACAACAACAACGUCCGCGCACAGCCUCGACCCUCAACCUGAGUAGCACGACGUCAGCGUUGAGUCAGCUCGCUCAGCCCGCGCCCGUCCAUCAGAACCGGCACGUCCUGGACACCCGGUCUAUGGGCUAUGAUCCCGGCGCGCAUACGACGCCCUUCUACGCCCAAAUGGAGAACGCGUUAGAGCCGCCGUCGCAUCCACCGCCCGACAUUCCUGUGCAGGCCAAGGCGGUUACGCAUGUGGUUGAGGCGGCGGCGAAGUCGACGUCGUCGGACUCGGGAAUUGGAGCGGAUGUGGACAAUAAACCGGUGUCCAGAAGUCAGAGUAUAAAGGUAGGGGAGAUUGAAAUUUUAUGAGUAAAAUCUAACACGUACAAUAAGGUUCCUAGGCCGAAUUAUAUGUGCUAAAAAUCGUUGUAAAAUACGGAACUUGUAAACAUUUGUGCAUUGCUCUAUGCCAAUCAUAAAACACUUAUUUCCAGACCAAAACAAACAAGCUAGAAGAUGUGAACGAGCAGCCAGGAAUGGAAUACGAGGAAAAUGCUACAGUCUCAGUCAAAGGGCUGGAUGUAAAGUCAAUAUCGGGCAGUUCGGCGAUCUCGGUUAACGCUGAUGGAAUGCUGGACAUUGCAGCCAACGAUUCGGAUCUCGAAAUGGAAGUUGAUCUCCCUCCAUUGGAUCAAAUAAUUAGUUGGCAAAUUUUGAAACGGAUCGAUCCCAAGCUGAGGAAACUGCAGGAGAGUAUAAAUGGUAAGACAUCUAAUUUCAAGGGCAAAACCUAACCAAUCAAAAAUUUGCAGAGUUCUACCACACCGAGCGAAGUCAUGUCCGCAAUCUCAAAGUCAUCUAUCGCGUGUUUCAUCGGCCAAUCGUGGAGCAGAAACUGGUCAGCAAAGACUUCCUCAAAGUGGUCUUUGCCAACCUCGACGAGCUCAUCGAAAUCCACUCGGGCAUGUUUCAGAAGAUGCGCGUGGUGGUGGAGCAGUGGAAGAAGGACCCUCAAUAUGAUGGAUUGUACGCGAAACUCGGCUCCACAAUUGCCACUUUCUUCGCGGACGAAGAUGGAGAGAAGUUCAAGAAGGCAGCUUCCUUGUUCUGCGAGAAUCAGCAAUACGGCCUGAAGUUGUUGGGAGAGAGGUAAGGAAAAGAGAAGGAGAAAUAUCUUCAUAGACUCGUCAGAGAUUGAACUACUGGCAUAAGAUUAGAAUUGAGGGCAAAAGUAGAUAAAAUUUAAACAAUCAAAUGAGUAAUCAAAAACAAGAAUUUAUGAAGCAUCCGACUGGUCAUGACUCUUUUCUGGAAGAGAACACAUCUCUAGAAGAGACAGACGAAAAGAAAGAAAAGCAAAUUGUCGAAAAUUAGAAGGAUUCUUGGCUUUUGCAACAUUUUUUAAUCCGCCAAAAUUGCCUGGAUUUGUUCAAGAUAAGGAAAAUAAGUUUUAGCGAAAGAGACAAGCAUGUCUUGUUGUCACUUUGGAUAACUUACAGUUACUUUUUUGCAAAGUGUACGCGAGAUAUUUACUGCUUGCGAAGAGAGUCCCAAAAAAAAAUUUUCUCUGGCCAUUCACCUAAUUUUUUUGUACACUCUUGCCCAAAAAUGUCAUUGAAUAUCUUGGCUGCCCUUUCAACCUGCAAGCCAAAGUUGGCAGGAAUUAAUACUCUGGCUAGAUAGAUGACUCACCAAAUUUUGAAGAAAAUCUGACAGUCGCUUCUUGAGAAACUUUAUUUACUAAACUAUUCUUUAGUAAGUAAGGUACCCGCUUUUUGCUUUAGUGGUUUCAUUUUCGACAUAAGAAAUUUUUUAUAGAUUUAUUAUUCUGCGAAAGCCCUAACAUAAGCCAUCAAAUAUAAGAGGCGCUAAAACACAAUUUUUGUAAAGUACCGUAUGCAUCUCCAACUUCCUUUUUACACUCUUUAUUACAUAAAAUCAGGCGGAGUUUCUCUUGUUUUUUCGACUUUCAACAUUUGCAACAGCGCAAUACCCUUCAAACUCGAAGCUUGCUUCCCCUCCCUUAAGCGUAACAGCUUCUCAUCUAAAAGUUUUACAAAACUGAUAAAAUAUAGUCCACUGUAAUAAGAAGAUCGUUGCAUUUCAGACGGCAGAAAGACGAAAAUCUUGCGGCCUUUCUCCAAAAAGCCGAGAGUAAUCCGCUGUGCCGGAAAUUCCAACUCAAAGAUCUGUUGCCAGUGGAGAUGCAGAGGCUUGUCAAGUAUCCGCUGCUACUCGAUACUAUAUUACGAUAUACCUCCGAGUCGUCAGAGGAAUUUCAACAAUAUACGGAUGCCUGUAAUGGGGCUAAAAAGUUGUUGUCGGCAGUGAAUACGGCUAAACGAGAUGCCGAGAAUAAGAGGCAUUUGGAGGAGAUCCAUAGAAAAAUUGAAAUGCCAACAACGAACAGGCCUUACGACGAUGUUAUCCGGAGAUUCGAUAUAAUGCAGUAAGUGAAAUUUUUACUCUUCUAACGCCUUAGAAUAGACCUCAAAACCUUAAAAAUUGUUCGCUAUAGAAAGGCUUAGUUGGUUUAUGAUUAUCUCGGCGAUACGAGCCAGUAUCUUGCAUGUUAUUUAUUUGAAGAUUUCCUUUUACGUCUUGGUGGUCUGUAAAUUUAACAUUUUCUUUGUACUUACACUCGUAAGCCCGUAUUUUACCCCUCGAUUUACCUGCCUUUGCAAGACUCUCAAAAAUGUAUCAGAAAUUCUGUAUACUUCACUUCUAAUAAAAAUUAAUGGCCCUGCUUUUUCCAAACCACCUCUAAACCAAUCCACUCUAAUUGCAUCCCUUUUUAGAUACCGCUACGUCUACAACGGCGACGUAACCUGGAGGCACAGUCGCGGAAAGACCGAAAUGCAUCUAGUCCUCCUUGACUACCUCCUACUAAUCCUCACUAAAGCAAAUGACGGCAAAUACUACAUGCGAACGUCCGAAUUCAACGCCGUUCCAUUACUCUGGCUUCCCUCGGUUACUGUGGAAGAGAAGACCGGCGACAAACGGGCAUUUGUCAUCUUCUAUGAGCGCGAUCUGCGUACCUACGAACUUCAAGCUCAAUCCGUAACGGAGAAAAAGACUUGGGAGCAAUUGUUGCGGUCGCAAAUCUCAGCCGCCAAGUCUGAUCUACCGCAAAACUUCGAGACCGACUUUAUGAAUGUGAUGCCGAAGCUCAAGUCAGCGCAGCUGAGUACGGAUGACGCUGGCAGCCCGAGUAGCUCGAACGAGGUCGCUGAAGAAGUGCAAGUCACAAUGCAUGCGGGACUAGUGAAAGCCAGUGAAAUUGUCAUCCAAAAACCGCAAAUUCUGAUCAUGGAGCAAGCCCAAGCGGCGAAAGUUACUGCCCAACCGGCCAAGCCGCCUGUUCUGAGUCCGGCCGAGCGGAUGCGAAGAAGUGAUCAGCAGAUAACGCAGGCGUUGGUGGAGAAGCAUAACGUAAUGGCGAGUGAGCUGAUGAAAGAUGCAAAACUGGCCAAAGAAGACAUGGAGAUGAUUGCUGAGACGUUGACGGGAAUGUCAACAAUAAAUUUGAGGAAUCGCAAGCCGAAUGAGCUGGCACUGUCGGCAAUUGUUCAUGGAAAUCGACUAAUCGACUGCAUUAAUACGAGUAAGCUUUUUUACAAAAAGAUUUCCUAUCCUUUGAAUAUUCAAAUGAUAAUACAACUCUUUUCAGGAAUGAGUAACCGUCGCCAGGACUCGGACAAAAUUAGCGAAGACGCUGAACGACAUCUCCCAUUCGUCCCCUGCUACAAGUUGACUGCCGUUGCAGCUCCAUUGAUGAACCAUUUGACUGCCCUUUCGCAAGUCAUAAAGGAGCAACGAGACACUAUUGAAGAGCUCAAAAAGGAGUUGAACAAGGUAAAGAGAGACGGAAAACUGGCUAAAAAGCUAUCAACGUAUUUUAAAAAACCUCUGAAAUCGGACUCAAAUUUCGUGACUUUCGUUAUAGAUUUUUUUAUUUUUAGGAAAGAUGAUUAAAAAAUGAAAAAAUGAGAAAGAAGUGUAUUACUGUCAUGUUUUCAAGCAGAAUUUGACAAAAAAAUUUUGUGACAUUUCGUUAUCGAUUUUUUUUUAUUUUUAGAGUGGCGGCCAAAAAAUGAAAAAAUGAGAAUGUAGUGUAUUACUGCAUGUUUUCAAGCAGAAUUUGAUAAAAAAAAUUUGUGACAUUUCGUUAUCGAUUUUUCAAAUUUUCCAAAAAAUUGAAAAUCGAAAAAAAUUUUUUGCCUCAAGAUUACAACAAUUUUAAAUUUCAAAAUUUCAGAAUCGCAUUGAUGCCGGAGGCGCUAAAGACCGCUCCGUCUCCGAAGAAACGCUCACCGAGCCCUCAGGCAACAUUGUCCUUCGAAGCCCCUCUCGAAUGGCCUAG